GAGGGAGCAGUCCCAGUACAGCACUACAGUUAUAACUACCACAUUCAGCGAUUCCUUGGAGUAGCGUUAAAGUUAAUUCUGUGCAGCAGUUCCUGCGCCAGGAACACUAGUAGACAGAAGAAACGGUAAAAAUACAUGACUUUCAGAUCUUCCUCGUGAUCAUCAUCUUCUUCUUCUUCUCUGGAUCACGUUCUACGAGCAAUAGAGCCUUAAGACAAGAAAUAGGGCCAAAUCCAAAUGAGGUUCUUGGACUCAUUUGGCCUGAGGAGAGAGAAAGAGUCAAGGAACGACAGAUUCAAAAGUCUCCUGGAGAAGAAGAGGGCAAGAGGAAACUGCGGGUCUUGCGGAAGGUCGGAGCCUUUCUUGGGCUCAACCACCAUGAUCAGAAGGUAAUGCAAAGACUUGAGGAGAUCGGGCCAUCGCCGGCAGCAGCUCCACGGUCCGCUAAUGGUGGUGGGGAUGUUGCUGAAACUCCAUCCCCCGUCCUGCCUUUCUUCACAAACAAAAAUUCACAUCGUCACGCUCUGCGCCCUGCUCUCGUCUUCCAUGAACUUAGCAUUCCUAGAAGUGAAACAGAUGGUAGUGGGAUUCAAGUUGGUAGGGGAGCCAUAGCGGCUGUUGUGUCUGCAAUUGGAACCGCUGCAGCUAUCUUCAUUAUGGUCUUCUUUGGCUUCUCGAUAUUCAGGAGAAAGAAGCAGAGACCAGUGAGGGCACUGCUGCUUCCUGGCUUCUGGGUAGAUAGCGGGUCGGAGAAGCCUAAAACAAGGAGCUUGCUGAACUUUGCAACCAACGAUGUGUUUGAUCAGGGCCCUGAGCAUUUCUACUUGAGUACGCUAUGUGAGCUCAAACAGAAAUCCGGCGACAACCCAAAUGUGAUGACGACGAAUUCAGACGAUUCAUUUGGCCAAGAUCAGGUGAACAGGUCAAGUAGCCGGAAUCAGUUCCCACUCCACUGCGACGGAGUUGUUCUUGAACUGGCGUCGGUGGAAGAAUUGGCGUUCCAUUCUGCCUGUGGAUCCCAAUCAUCCAGCGGACGGGUUUCUGAUGCUUCGAAUGCUAGCUCAGGCGCAUCGUCCCUAUCGUCACAUCCUCUGGAUUCCCCAAGGUCGGAGCAACUUCCCCCAGGAGGGCUGCCUUUGUCACCGUCAUGUAGAGGAGCAACGCCGGAAAGCGCUUCAGUUUCCCCUCUGAGAUUGAAGCCAUCUCCGUCCCCUUCAUCACUUAACUCUCCUUCUCCUAUAGCUGCACCUCAGGAUGAAGCACCACCAGCACAUUCUGCGAAUGUUGGUCAUCCGCCGGUUGAUUGUAGGAGCGGUACUCGGACUCCCCCUCCUCCACCACCUCCGUUGCCACGUUCUCCGUUCUCGCGUCGUGUUCCACCGCCUCCAUUGCCGAAGGGAUUAAGAACAACUGAGACCAAAUUGGUGUCCACGUCCCAGCACGAGCAAUCUGGACCAGCUGGUAACACGCGGCACCGCCGGCCGAAACUGAAGCCGCUACACUGGGACAAAGUUAGGGCCGCACCAGAUCACUCAAUGGUGUGGGAUGAACUCAGAGGAGGGUCAUUUGAAUUUGACGAACAGAUGAUUGAAUCUCUUUUCUGGUACAAUAUGCGUAAUUCUUCACUGGAUGCGGAAGUCGGAAACAGAAGUUCUUCUCUGAACAAGCAUAUCUUGGACCCAAAAAGACUGCAGAAUAUAACUAUACUAUCAAAAGCAGUCAAUGCUUCUCCAGAACAAGUUUGUAAUGCUUUAAUUCAUGGGGAUGGGUUGGCUGUGGAACAAUUAGAAGCACUGGCCAAGAUGGCACCCACUAAAGAAGAAGAAGAGAGGCUGUCAAAUUACAUUGGGGACACAAGUGAGCUUGGGUUUGGAGAGAGAUUUGUCAAGGAAAUUCUGAAUUUGCCGUUGGCCUUUUCAGGAAUUGAGGCAAUGCUCUACAAGGAGACGUUUGAUGAUGAGGUCCAUGGCCUCAGGAAGUUACUUGUAAUGGUAGAGGAUGCCUGCAAGGAAUUGAAGUCAAGUCCCCUCUUUUUGAAGUUACUGGAAGCUGUAUUAAAGACAGGAAACAGGAUGAAUGAUGGCACCACUAGAGGGGGUGCGAAAGCUUUUAAGCUUGAUGCAUUGCUUAAACUUGCAGAUGUAAAAGGAACAGACGGGAAGACCACCUUACUUCAUUUUGUUGUUCAGGAGAUUAUCCGAUCAGAAGGUGUCAGAACAUCUGAUAUAAAAGAUGAUACCAGAACAUCUGAAUUUACAGAAGAUGGUGUCUGUGACGAGUAUAAAUGUGAAGGCUCUGUGGAAAUAGAAGAGCGCUACAGAAGUAUAGGCCUUGAUCUUGCUUCAAGACUGAGUAAAGAAUUGAGCAGUGUGAAGAAAACAGCUGGUGUAGAUCUAGAUGUGCUAGCAGGCUCUGUUUUAAAACUAUCAGAACGUCAAACGAAGCUGCGGAGUCUCAUCCAAGAGGACAUUUUAUUGAUGGAUGAUAGAGCAAAGGAAUUCGUUAAAAUGAUGAAAUCUUUUCUCGGCCUUGCUGAAGACGAAAUUAAGAAGCUGCAGCAAGAUGAAAAACGUGUUCUGCAUAUGGUUAGGCAGAUAACGGAGUAUUUCCAUGGUGAUAUGAGCAAGGAUGAAGCCAACCCACUUCACAUAUUUGUGAUUGUGGGUGAUUUUCUUCGAAUCUUGGACCAGGUGUGCAAAGAUAUAAACUGUUCAAAGCCAAGCAGUUCUCGGUAAACUUCUAGGACGCCUAACUUCCCUGUGUCCAUUAGGGGUUUAACUGGAUUAUGAAGGACCAAAGCUUCUCGUUCUGAGGAAAAUUUGCAGGUCAAGGAUUUUAUGUUUCUCCAUCACGAGUAGUCAGAAGAAGAUGUUCAUAUGCAAUAAAAAGAAAAUUUACAAUCUUAGCUGCCAUUAAGAGCUUUUGUAUGCAUUGCUUGGCGCCAUGCCCCCACUGUGUCUACAAAUUUUGCAGGCACGGAAGCAAGUUGACCUGGUGUUGUGGGGUCUGGCAGUCGACCCCGAAAAAGAGUAAUGUAUUCAAAUUGUAAUACUGAAUAAGGAAGCAGAAAAACACUGAGGUGAUGAAGGUCAACAUUGAGA